AUGGUGCGGGCGGCGGGGCGCCGCUGGGCCGCCUGCGGCCUCGCCUGGCUGCUCGCCUGCUGCACGGCGCGCCGGGACGGCCCAGGCAAUGAUGCAUUCACCAUUCGUCAUGACGUACAGAACAAGUGCAUACAAGUUAAAAACUCACGGCUGGUGAUAGCUGACUGCGAGGGGACAAGUGAAGCUUUGUGGAAAUGGGUAUCCCAGAAUCGCCUUUUUCAUUUGGGGUCUCAGCAGUGCCUGGGACUCGAUAUAUUCACCAAAUCGCCGUCUCGCCUGAGAAUGGUUGACUGUAACUCAGAGCUCAUGCUCUGGUGGCGAUGUGCUGAUGCUUCCAUCCUUGGUGCGUCUCAGUACAAGGUGACCAUCAAAGGUACUUUUGUAACUGCAAGCAUAAAUGCAUCAGACCAGUGGAGAAGCAAUAGUUCCUCUGAUGACAUAUGUCAAUAUCCUUACCACGAGGUUUAUACCAGAGAUGGGAACUCCUACGGAAAGCCCUGCGAGUUCCCCUUUCUGUAUAACAAGACCUGGCAUCACGACUGCGUUCAGGAUGAAACGCACGCGGGUGGUAAAUGGUGCGCCACGUCUGAAGAUUAUACCCAUGAUGGCAAAUGGGGAAUCUGCUUACAACCAGAGGAUGGCUGUCAUGAUAUCUGGGAACAUGAUCCAGGCUCUGAAAGCUGCUACCAGUUUAAUACGCAGUCUGCUCUUUCUUGGAAAGAAGCUUAUAUUUCAUGCCAAAGACAAGGAGGUGAUUUACUUAGCAUCCAAGAUGCAACUGAAUUAAGUUACAUACAAGCUAAGGAUGACAUUGCUGAGAUCUUUUGGAUUGGCUUAAAUCAAUUGGACAUUUCUGGAGGUUGGCAGUGGUCAGAUCACAAACCGUUGAAUUUUCUCAACUGGCACCCAGAUAUGCAGAAUUUUUCGCCUUUGGAUGGGACUAGCUGUGUGGUGAUGAAUGCUACCUCAGGUCAGUGGCAGAGUUACCACUGUGGGACUCCACUUCCCUACGUUUGCAAGAAGUCAUCCAAAGAGGUUUUGCAAUUGUCAGAGUUUUGGAGACACUUGGAGACUCGCUGUGAUCCGGGCUGGCUUCCGCACAACGGCUUCUGCUACGUGCUGGUGAGCAACCCGGCACCUUGGGGUACAGCGCGAGAGUUGUGCAAGGCAAACCAGAGCAACCUCAUCAGCUUGCAGUCGUUAGCGGAUGUCGAGCUGGUCGUUACGGAGCUUCGUAGUGAUGUGAAAGAGGAAAUAUGGACGGGUCUCAGGAAUGAAGGUGUACCAGCCUUGUUCAAAUGGUCAGAUGGCUCAACUGUAUUUUUCACCUAUUGGGAUCAGAAUGAACCAAAAGUUCCUUUUAACACAACUCCUAACUGUGUGUCCUAUUCAGGAGAGUUGGGACAUUGGAGAGUCAAAUCCUGUGAAGAAAAAUUGAAAUAUGUAUGCAAAAAAAAAGGAGAGAUUUUGAAUGAUACAAAAUCAGAUAAAAGUUGCUCGUUGAAAGAGGGGUGGGAGAGACACGGAAACUUCUGUUACAAGAUUUAUAAAACGGAAGUAUCAUUUGGAGCACAGUGCAAUCUUACAGUAGUGAACAGAUUUGAACAAGAAUUUAUAAACAGUUUGAUCAGGAAAUACAGCAAAAUUGAAGAAAAAUACUUCUGGAUCGGCUUGCAAGAUAUUAGCCAAUCAGGAAUAUAUUCUUGGGGUACAGUGGAUGGGGAUAAAAGUGAAGCUGUGACAUACACUAACUGGAAUUCAAUGCAACCAGAGUUUUCAGGAGGAUGCGUGGCCAUGCCCAGUGGGAAGUUUCUUGGAAAGUGGGAAACUAAAGACUGUAAAACGACUAAAGCAUUUCCCAUCUGCAAAAAAUACAUUGGGCCGCCCAAGGAACCAGAAGUGCUCCCAAAGCCAACUGAUCCCUGUCCUCCUGGGUGGCACAAUGGAUCUGGCCUUGCCUGCUACAAGUUCUUCCACAGUGAACGAGUGCUGAGGACCAGGACGUGGGAAGAGGCAGAAAGGUUCUGUGAAGCCCUGGGAGGCCACCUGCCUAGUUUUAGUCAUUCAGAAGAAAUCAAGGUGCUUCAUUCUAUCCUGAGAAAAAUUAUCAGCAAUGACAGAUGGGUAUGGAUAGGAAUGAAUAAGAGGAGUCCGGAUUCUUUGGGAACCUGGCAAUGGAGUGAUGAUAAACCUGUGACUAGUGUUAUCAUGCCACUUGAUUAUCUGGAGGAUGAAUAUGACACAAGAGACUGUGCUGCUUUAAAGACAUUUCAGUAUUCACGGAGAUCGUUUUGGAGAUACUAUUUCCAUGAAGGUAGAGAGCUGGAAUUUUACCUGAAGCCUUUUGACUGUGAGGCAAGACUUGAAUGGGUCUGCCAGAUAACAAAGGGUAGCACUCCAAAGAUACCCGAAUGGUAUAUACCAGAUGAAAUUGGAAUUCAUGGACCUCCACUUAUUGUUGAUGGAGCAGAGCUGUGGUUUGUACCAGAUAAAAACCUGAGCUUCCAAGAAGCCGUUUUCUACUGUCAAAAAAAUGAUAGUGAGUUAGCUUCUGUGGAAUCUUACCCAAAACUCAGGACAAUACUAUCUCAAAUAGAAAAGUUAUCGAACAGUGAACAGAAGUGGUGGCUGAAAUUUAUUGAUUAUGGUUACAACUAUUAUUCACCUUUACAGUUAUUUCCACGCUUCCAUGAUCGAUUCCUGAGGGACUGCUGGUAUGUUUCUAGAAAGAGUUGGUAUAGAGAUGCUCCAGUUAACUGUAAUAUGAAGCUGCCUUUCAUUUGUGAAAAAAAUAAUGUCUCCUUACUGGAAAAGCAUGAUCCCAGUUACCGCCCAGUCGGAGGAGAUUGUCCUAAAGAUUGGCUUCGGUUUCGAGAUAAGUGUUUUCUAAAGAUGAAUCCCAAAUCUCUAACAUUUAACGCAGCUAAUGAGAAGUGUGUAACUUCUGGAGGCUCUCUUCCAUCGAUCUCAAAUCAAGCUGAGCAAGAUUUUAUAACAUCCUUGCUUACUGAUAUGCCAAAAGAUACUUGGAUCGGUUUGCAGUUUUUGUUCAGCACAAGAGAAAACAAGUGGAUAGAUGGGAGUAGACUGCUUUAUAGUAACUUUCACCCACUACUGACAGGAAGAUUAAGGAAAAUCCCUCUGGAUCUUUUUGAUGAAGAUUUUAACAAUCAGUGUGGUGUAAUCCUCAACGAUCCCAAGUCACAAUAUGCUGGAACAUGGAACUUCACUGCCUGUGCUGACAAGCACUUUUUGGGUAUAUGCCAGCGGCCAGUAGGUAUAGGAACUGCUGAUAACCAGACAGAACAAGUUCUUAAUGAAACACUGACCUAUCAAAACAUUCAAUACAUGGUAAUUCUGAAGAAUUUGACCUGGAAUGAUGCAAUGGCUGCAUGCAUAAGUAACAAAAUGCAGUUGGUUAGCAUCACAGAUCAAUUCCAGCAGGCUUUCCUUGCUGUUCAAGCGGCCCUUCAUAAUUAUCCACUGUGGAUUGGACUUUUCAGCAGAGAUGGUGGAAAGCAUUAUGGCUGGUUGGAUGGGAAGCACGUUAGUUUUAGUCGAUGGUCUGAAGAGGACGAAGAAACAAGUGAAGAAUGUGUGUUUUUGGAUACUGAUGGCUUCUGGAAAACUUCUGACUGUUCCUCUGAAAAUCGAGGUGCUCUUUGCUAUUUACCAGAAAAGAAGACCAAAAAAGAACCAGUUACGCAAGUUAAAUGCCCCCAUAAGAUUAAAAAUACUCCCUGGAUAUCAUUUAGAAACAACUGUUACACUUUUACAAUAACAAAGAAUAGAUGGCGAGAACUAAAGUCUCAAGAAGCUCACCAUUUAUGCAAGAAAAUGAAUCCAGAAGCAUUUGUUCUGAGUGUUCGAGAUGAAGAAGAAAAUAACUUUGUCACUGAGCAGCUUCGCUCAUUCAGUGGCCUGGCCAUAUGGGUCUGGCUGGGUGUGAUUUACGACAGCAGUGAUAAUGUUCUGAAGUGGUACGAUGAAACUCAUCUGACUUACAAUAACUGGCGAAUGGGAAGACCUAAUGUAAAGAAGAAUAGUUUUUUUGCUGGUGUAAAUCUAGAUGGUUUCUGGGAUAUUUACAAUUACUCUCAAAGUUGGCACUAUAAUGUGUACAGUAUUCUCGCUUGUAAAAUUGAGAGAGGGCCCCAGCAACACAAACCCCCAUUGCCUGAAUCUAUUCCACAUGGAAACAGCACAUACAGGAUCCUUCAAAAAAAGUUAACAUGGUAUGAGGCAUUGAGAGAAUGCAAACAAAAGGGGAGUGAUUUAGCAAGCGUACACAGUGAAUCACAACAGUUAUUUCUCGAAGACAUUGUCAAGCAGGAUGGCUACCCUCUGUGGCUUGGACUGUCAGUCCAUGAUGGUAGUAAAGUUAAUUUUGAAUGGUCAGAUGGAAGUGAAUUUGACUACUAUCCUUGGGAAUUAGAAAACUCAAAUACUACUGAGAACUGUGUUCUGUUGGAUACUAGAGGGUCUUGGAACCGUACAACAUGUACAAGUGUUGCUGAAGGUGCUAUUUGCUAUAGUCCUCCAAACAAGAGACAAUUACAGACACAGCAAGCGAGCAGAGCCCCAGGAUGCCCACACGCCCGUGGAACGCUGCAGUGGAUACAGUACAAGGAUCACUGCUAUGCCUUUGACAUGGCCUUCUACAAUUUUUCAGUAUAUAAUGUGGAAGAUGCUAAAAGAGUCUGCCACAAACUGAAUCCUUCAGCAACCCUUCUGACUAUAGCAAGUGCUGAGGAGAACGCGUUUGUCAGAAAGCACAUAAGGGCAAAUGAUCUCAUCACCAGGAAAGUAUGGCUUGGCCUGGCUCAGAGCUCCAGGGAUCAGUCCUUGAACUGGCUCGAUGGUUCAUCAGUUAAUUAUGUCAACUGGGAAAACAAAACUGCAGAGGACAAUGAGAAAUGCAGUGUUAUUCUGUCCACAACUGGCACAUGGUCCAAAGUUGACUGCGGUCGUAGUCAAAGCAGAGUGGUUUGUAAAGCUCCCGUAGGUUCUAAUCAUACUGGGGUGGCUGUAGCAUUUGCUCUGUUAAUUAUUUUGGUCUUCAUUUGCGGAUUAGUCUGGUAUCUCUAUAAAAAGAAACGUCUUCACUGGCGUGGCUUCUCUUCAGUACGCUAUCAAAGAGGGAUGAAUGACGAUGAAACUGAUGAUGAUGUUCCUUCUAGGUGAUUUAGCAUGAACUUCACUGUGUGAAGUCAUAAAGAAAGAGGUACUUGAUGUUUUAUCAUUUCUUUUUGAAAAAAAGAUAAAAAGGUUAUUAAUGGGGGCUAAAUUCCACUCUUUUAUGCAAACGUGCAAUUUUUAUUCAAGCCCAUGGUAAUGACAUGCAUUUGGCCUUAAAUGUUUAAAGUACAAGAUUUUUGGAGUUCUGUAAUAUGUUUAAUAUAGGGUAUUACUGUCUCUUUUUAUAGGAAAGUAUUUUUAGUGGAAUAAUAAAUGCCAAUAGUACUUCACGCAACAUCACCCUAACAAAUAUAUUUGAAAUUGCUACAUGAAUUCUGUAACUUGGCACAGUUAUACCAUUUUGGUACAGUGUUAGCGUUCUGCUGCUAGCAUUGGCCUGCUCUGCAGAAGCCAACACAUAGAUCACAAAUAGGAGACAUCACCACGGCGUAGCAGCUUUUGUAACAAGUGGUUGCCAGUUUUGAUACAGCAUGGGAGAAAACGUUUAACUGUCUGUUAAAGCCUAAUUCCCGUUGAACUAGAAUCUUCAUGUUUAUUGUUAUGACUAAUAGUGUAGGAAAAACAUAUCUUGGCUUUUUCCUCAGAGUUCAUGGACAAAUCAUUAGUUAUAUUGGAAAGAUCAGAAUCUUAAAAUAUAAAACGCACAUUUUUAGUACAGAGUUACAGGGAACACCCUUCACCAAAGCCACUCCAUCUAGGAGUAAAUGAAAUAAAUGUAGAACACUUGCAUCUGAGGUUGUUGCAAGCUGGCACAUCACCAGCCUUCUGCCAGAAGUUGUGAGUGGGGCUAGCACAGCUAGCAUUAAGGGCUAACUACGAACACAAGCAGAACCCCUAGCCUUGUAAAAACCUAAAGCACAAAUACUGUGUUUUAUCCUACAAGAUAACUGUUUUUUUUAUGUAGAUUGUUUGGUUUUUUCUCACAGCUUCCAUCACAAAGUAAGUUUUACGAGAACCAAUAGCAGGAAAUUUUACUGUAAAAAAUAAUAAUAAAUAAUAAAAAAAAAAUCGAGACCCAAAGUAUUAAUUAAGACAAAGAUUAGAACUGCAUUUAGGGUAAUGUUUAGAGAAUGACCUACCAAGUUCUGCUUUUUUUUUUUCUUUUUUUCCCCCUCCCCAUAACUCUUCUGAAAUUAGACCUGAAUGAUUUUUUUUUCUACAUUAAAACACAGAAAAAAAACUGCUCUGUCUCAUGAUCUGUUUUACUCUGUGACCAAAGACAGGAGCAUUGCAGUGACAAUGUUCCUUGCUCUGUAAUGAGAUCCUCAUGACAUUUUACCUACAGCAAUAUUCCUACUUAUACUAGAAUUAAAGGCAUAAUUGUAUAGGUGAAAUACUUGUCAUCUGUUUCAGAAAUAAGACAAAAAUAUGUCUAAGGAAGGAGUGAGAAAGAAUGUAUGGUAACUUAAGCUGUGUAUGGAGAGGCUAAAAAUACUUGAGUAUUUUAUGUAAAACUUAAACUUGAUUUUUUCUUUUUUUAAACCUAUUGUGUUACUGUGGCCUUGUGUACGCACUCCAAAGAAGCUAUAAAGGGAAAAAGAGAAGUCAGAAUUGUAUAUAUUAAUUACUGUAAUGAUUUGGUUAAUUAAUGUUUUGAAAAAGUCAUUAGACUUUUUUUAAUAAUGCACAAUAUGUGAAACAGGUAUGUUUACCUUUAUGAAGGAAUACAUGUAAAAGACCAGAUCCCUUCCCCAUUUAAUAAUGUGAUAUGGUAACAGGAAUACAUUUGGUUUAACAUACUGAAAGGAGUACUACUGAUUUCUCUGAAGUGACAUUGCAAGGUCAUAAUGUUCAACUGCCUUUUUUCCACCCUGCAGUUUACUUAUGUUGAUAGCACUUUUCUUUGCGCCUGUUUGCACUAUUUUGAUACGCAAAUGUUUCUCAAUUUUAUUGAGAAAUAGAGAACUUCUCAUAGAAACCUAUUAAAAUAGCAGACUGGACAGGCACAGUAAAGGAAAUAUUGUGCGCUAGUUUGCUGAUCAAAGAAAUAAGCACUUGUUUAUUUGGUACUUGGGCACAACUGAGAACACUUUCUUCCUUUCUUGGGGUAGCUUAUAUAAAAAUUAACUCUUAUACCUUGGAAAUAAAUGCAAUGAAAAUAAGCCCCAAUCCCCUUUUAAACAUCUCCUUGUAUGAGAAGUGUUUGGAAUGUAAAGCCUGGUUCCUAUUAUCUUCUGUUUUAGCUUAUAUCCGUAAGUGCUUUGCUGAAUGUCUUCUAAGUUAAGGGACUAAGAAAAGAUGUGUAUUGUUUAUUGUCCUUUUCUAAUAAUAGUAAUAAUUGGGAAGUAUUUACAAGUAAGUUUAUAUGUUUUGAAAUUUACUAGUUUUAUAGAUGCUUGUAUUUGCACAAGAGUGUGAGUCUGAAAUUGAAAAUUGAAAUUGACCUAAUUAUCCAGUGAAUAUCCUAUGCAUAUGUACUUUUUAUAAAAUAUUAUUAUGAAUUAUGUGAAUAGUUUUCUAAGGCCCAUUUCUCAUGUCAUCAUACCCAGGUUGUCUAAUCACUGGUAAUUCUUAUUUGGAUAAGCACAACCGUCUUAACAUAGUGAAUGACCCGCUUUGAGUAUAUAGUGAAGUUACUUAGAUGCAUUGCUAUUGAAAGAAUAAAGUCAAGUAAAACACUAA